AUGGAGGAUUACGAAACUGUGGCAUUGACCGAAGAGUGCAGUGCUAUUUUGCAAAGGAAGCUUCCACAGAAGUUGAGAGAUCCUGGAAGUUUCACAAUCCCAUGCACAAUUGAUUUUAUUGUGUUGGACAUGGAGGAGGAUGCAAAUGUCCCAAUUAUUCUUGGGCGACCUUUUCUAGCAACAGGACAAGCUCUCAUAGAUGUUCAAAAGGGAGAGCUUAAACUCAGAGUCGAGGAAGAUGAGGUUGUAUUUAGUGUCUUCAAGGCAAUGACGUAUCUGAUGGCUAGUGACAGUUGCUACAGUGUGGAUGUAAUAGAUAAAGCAGUUUUGGAAAGAAGGGUGAGUAGUGAUGCUUUAGAGGCAGUGUUGACUGGUGGUGAGGAAGAUGAUGAUGAUGAAGAGAUGAAAGAAUAUGUAAAAUGGAUUAACUCUUACCACCCGUACUUGAAGAAAUUUGAAGAGUUGGCAGAGGCCACCGAACGACCAUUAACAUCCAUUCAGUAG